AAGAAACGGCGCCACAGCCGCCACGAUCUUUCGAGCGCCGACUCCGAGUCUGAAGACAACGACCACGAGGCGUCUGGUAAACGAAGGCGCGAGGAAGACGAAUUAAGUAUCUCGCCCUCGGAUGAAGACAUAAAUGAAUUCCUUGAGGAAUCGAACCCCAAAGAGGCCGAAGUCACAGCUAAAACAACUGAGCCCAAAGAAGAAGUCGAGCUUCUAAAAUCUCUAGAGGCUGACUUCACUGACGAUGAACUUGUUGGCGCCAAAAUAAACCAACGCUUGGCUAACAUAGCGUCCAAACGGUGGGGCAUUACCCUUCCCAACGACAAACUCAAAGCACUCCUGGCUAAACACGCUAAACCGGAAAAUUGUCCCGAGAUAACCACGGUAAGAGUCAACCCAGAAAUUUGGGAUCAAAUGAAUAAUUUUAGGCGCAAAGCCGACCUGAGAGUCAGCAACAUACAACAAGCCUUACAGAAAGCCACUUUCGGAAUUCUAAAAGUAUGCGAUAAAUUAGUGGAUCAGCAACCGAGCACAGACAAGGAAACACUGGCCGCUAACAUCGACGCCAUUGUCCUAUUAGGACACGCUGUCGGGGAGCUUUCCCGCUUACGCCGAGAGCAGAUUAAGCUGGCCCUCAAAGCCGAAUUUCAUUCGCUUUGCUCCCAGGCAAAUGAGUCGACCAGUCGUUCCGACCUGCUUUUUGGGGCCGACCUAGCAAAGCAAGUACGAGACGCCAAAGAUACUAACAAAACUGGGAAAGACAUAGGCGUAGGCAAAGCUGGCACGACACGUUUCUCGCGCCCAUACAAUUCCCAU